AUGAGCGAGAACAGCUUGCAUCCAGGAAUCCACCAGGAAAGCGGGCCGCCCUCGUAUCCCGACCGGAUUCUCGACAGAAAAAUCGAUCGGCGUGCGCUCCCACAGAGUUUUUCGUCCAACCUCGCGAGAAGAGGGUUUGAUCCGGCAAGAAAAGCGUCAGAUGGAUCGGUGCGGUCCAUGGUGAGCUUGUUCGAGAAGUCGGCAGCCAGUUCAGACCAUCAGAAACGAUCCAGACCGGCACUGGCACCCAGAGCAAGCGAAAAAGCCAGUCUGAGCAGUGGAAAAAGAGACCCGCAACAUGGCCACGGAUGCAACAAGAGCGACAACACAUCGCCAAAUCGGCUGCAAGAAUGCGAGGAGCAGAAGAGCAGGCUCGCCCGUUCACCAUGCACCACGCCUUCCAUCUUUCCCUCUGCGCAGGUCGGAUACCGAAUUGAAGACUACUCAUUGACCCUGCUGAAGCAUAAGUCAUACUUCAACAACAGACCACUGGCCCGAUGUCUCGAUGACGUUUCCGAGGAGGACACGAAAACCAAUGUCCAGCGAGUCAAGAGCAAGGAGGAAGGGGCCAAGGAGUUGGCGACAGAGGACAAGCAGGGUAGGAGAGACGAAAAUGCCCACAAGAGCAAGGGAGACAGGGACGUCCUCCUGCCAUCCAUCGAAUUGGACAACUUGAUGAGCGAACUUCUCACCUGGAAGGGAAUAUCCGACUCCACCCCGAAACCGAAACCAGAACUCGAGUGCCACAUACGGGACCCGGCAGAAGUCAAGCGCUUUUGGAGCAAUGUGCGUACCCAAUUGUGGGUUGACGACGUUGAGACAGAUGGAGACGAGCCCAGUUUCACGGAGGAUAGUAAUGGAAAAGAUGAGUCUGUCGAAGAGGACGAGGUUCAUGCAUUAAACCCGUCAAUCUCCAUCGGCAGUUUCCCUUCCACUUGCUCCCAAAUGCAAAUCCCGGGGCACGAAUGUGCUCCUCCGCCUAUGCCGACCCGCCCACCGCCCCGCAUACCCGUAACUCCUCGAGGACGGGCAGUUUCGACGACUUCGUCGCUCUCAAGGCAACGUUCAACGGCACGUUCCCUGGGGUCCUCCCCCAACCCAGCAAGUGACUGUCCAGCUUGGGAGAUGCCGCCGACCCGUCGACCACCCGCCAUCCCUGCAACGCCUCGAGGACGGUCUGUUUCAACCACUUCUUCGCUGUCAAAACAACAUUCAACAGCACCUUCCGUAGAAUCAUUCCCCGAGACAGCAAGGGACCAUCCUGCCUGGGACGAUUCGCUGCUGACUCCACUCGUGGGAUUGGGCAUCACCACCCCAGGAUGUCUUGAUAUUGCCGAGCUCUCAUCAGACGAGGAACCAGAGCCCGAACUUCCCAACUUGCCAGAGGGUGGCCGACCGCUGCCCAUUCCACCGAGAGAGCCCAGCAGCCACUCGCGCUAUCCCAGCAGCGGUAGCAGCCUCUGGACCAGACCACCAACCUGGCGCGCACCGUCCCUCCAGUCGUCCUCGCCUCCGCCUGUGCCCCCCUUGCCCUCAUCAAUCCCAGCCGCACCAGCAACAAGCGAUCAACAUCACCGCCGCCGCACAAAUCACGUCAGAAACCGACAUCAACCCCAGUCCUCUAUCACCGCCACCACGUCCAUCUCCACCCCCAGCGCGGCCGCCGCCACCGACAUCAGCAGCGGUAGCAGAAGCAUCCACAGCAGGAGGGCCCCGGAAGCCUCGACCAGCUCCACGGCGACUCGCUCGACCCGAGCCGACUCUGGUAGCAACAGCGAGCUAUCGGCGGCUGCUCGGCUCCGACCUCCGCCCAGACGGAAGCUGAUGACGGAGACCUCGAUCAGCUCCACGGCGACUCGCUCGACACGGGCCGACUCCGCCAGCACCACCGAUCUAUUGCUCUCGGCCGCCGCUCCUCGGUUGCCCCGACCGCCGCCGCGACGGAGGCUGACGACGGAGGAGAAGCUGUCUGAGAUUGACGCCUUUUUGUCGUCUCCGGACGGAGAGGGUAGAAAAGGAUGGAUAUGA